AUCAACCGGAGAAGCCAAAAAAUUGGAUAUCAUGUUGUGGACACAGUUGUUAAUUGUUCUAAUUGAGAGAAAAAGAUAAACAGAAAAAAGAAACAUAAUUAACUGUUAGUUAAUUAAAUCUCCACCCGAGGUAGUCACUCUCUUCCACCUUCACCUUUUGAUGGAAAUGAGAGAGAGAGAGAGAGAGAGAUUGCGCUUCUCUUAUUUACUUGAGUUUUCUAAAGUGGGAAGAUAGAGGAAGAGAGAAGAUGAUUUUGAUCUUUUUCGCUAAUUAAAUGUGCGAUCAUUGAGUGUUAAUAAUUGAAUUGUAAUUGUGUCUUUCGUUUAAGCUGUUCGAUUGGCUCGAUAAUCGCCAUCACCGUGAUCGCUUCUUUGUAACAACAAUCGAAAUACUUACCUACCACCUGUCGUCUUUUUCUUUUUUCUGUCGCAAUUUUUUGUGUUUUUUUCUUCACUUUUAAAAGGACAAAAUCUUCGCUUUUUCUUCAACAUCAUUUGUCUUCAUAUUCUUUUUUAGUCAUUUUCUUUUUUUCCUCAGUGUUUUUUUUGUUCUUUUUAGAAUCUUCUUUUUCUCUCUCAAUAUUUAUAUUCUCUUUCUGUGUGUGUCUUGUAUCUCUAUUCACAUCAACCAUGGAACUUGGCUCUUCAUCUUACUGUUCAUCUUCCAUGAUGAACCAUCAAUAUCAUCACCAAUCUCAGCCUUUGUAUCAAAAUUAUCAUUCACCUAAGCAAAGAUGCAUCAGUACCUUGGAAGAGGUAAAAUCUUUGAUUAUUAAUCUAAGAACAAAGAAGAAAAAGAAAGAAAUGGAUUCAGCAAUCAAUAAGAUUGAAGAAGUGAUUCAAACAAUUAAAGUAACCAUGUCCGAUUCAACUACACCCGCUUUACGACCUAUUGAUCAAAUUAUCUUGGAAAAGCUUGAAAAGAUUGAAUCAAAAUCUAAAACCAUUGAAGGUUCACAUUCAAUGGUCAAUAACAAACCAGUGUCACCAACUACUGUCCUCCUCAAACCUACAGAUGAAACUAUUUCACCUCAACAAUUAGGUGCAAAAUUAAUUGACUUAAUUAAAAAUGAUUCAACCCUUAAAUUGGAGACAACUACAAUUGGUACCAAUGGUAUUCAAUUGAGCUCUUUUCAUAGUGAUAUCAAGAAUAAGAUUGAAAAUUUAAUCAAACAACAUCAUCUUGAUUCGCAAGUUGAUUUGAUCGAAUUAAAGAAAAUGUCACCACAAAUCGAUUUGACUAUCACAUCAAAACCUCGAUUUGAAAGAGAAGAUCUUUACAAAGAACUCACCAAAAGAACUGCUGAACGGCAUUCGAGUCUUUCAAGACAAGGAAGUGAGAGUAGCUCAGGAAGUGAAACUUACAUGGAUGGACAAGGGAGAUUAUUCCGAACACCUUCAGCAACAACACCAUCAUCCCUCUCAGUAGCACCGACAAGCCAACAACAACACACCUAUGAUUCAUCAUCGGUAAACCUAAACAAUGGUAGUGGUAACAUGAAUACUUAUAACAGUCUGAAUAAUAUCAACAUCUAUGAGUCUAAUCAGAUGAUUCAUAUGGAUGAAUCUAUUUAUGGCCGUAGUAAGAGGUCUUAUCCUCAUCUUCCGCCGAAACCAUUAAGUGUCAAUGUCGGUGGCGGCGGCAGUUCUUGUGAUUAUGGUGUCACUGGUCGGAUAAGUGGGAUUACUUCUGAUAUCAAUAGACGUGUUUCUAAUCACGAUGUAUUAUAUUCAAUUGAUGCUUCCUCUUCAUCGGCAUCUUCUUCAGUGUCAACAUCACAAUUCAACAGAGGCGGUGAUUGUAAGAUAAAUAAUAUCAAGGAUAAUAUAAAUGGAGGUCAUACAACAUCAUCUUCUGUAUCAUCAACAGCGGUGUCAGAGGAAUGUCAACAAAUUUGUGCCAUCUUUGGUGACCUUUCAACUUCUAACGGUGGUGGUGGUGAAAGUAACCUUGCAUGUUCAGAAGGUUCGAUUACGCCAACCAACCCUGAUCGAAGUAGCUCUCCAACAAAUGAAAAUUCACCUUCAAGUCUUACAUCAUCAACCUCUUCAAGUACAAAUCGUGAUCCUGUCCAAUUUUCUGCCUUGAAAUCAGCCAAAUCUUUUCCCGGUAACCCGAUAGCCGAAUCAUUAUACUCAUCAACUGGAACUUUAUCCAGGUCAUCAAAUAAACCUGCGCCACCUCCUCCCGUUCGUAAAACCUCAUCCAUCUCAGAUCCAAAUGCUAUCACCUUAGGUACCCUACGAAAUGCCGGUUGUUCAACUUAUGAAGAAAUUAAAACUUUAAAACGUAAUGUACGAAAUCACAGCGGUAACGGAGGUUAUAACACAUACGAAGAGUUAAAUUCUGAUCGUAAUGCUGUUUAUCAUGCAGCGAGAAAAAGUUGCCUCUCAACAUCACUCACUUCCCUAGUGGAGCCCAUUUAUUCAACUCUUGAUUCAAACACAAUCAGCAUCUCAAAUCCUUUCAAUUCCAAGAUUGUGACCAUCAACACCUCAAGUCAUCGAGUCAGCCGACGAGAUGAGCCUUGUAGUAAAAGUUAUUCAGCUACAACCGAUUCACUAAACCAUCAGCAUCAACAUUCAACAUCCACAGCAUCACGUCCACCCUCAUCAGCAACUCUUUCAAAUUAUCAAUCUUCAUCUUUAAUGAAACAAAGGAAUGACGAUGACAGUUUACCUCCUCCACCUCCCGAAGCUUACAUUGAUUCAUCUGGAGAUAAUCAUCAUAAUUCACAUAACCGAAUCGUGCUUACUAGACGAGAGUUCUUGCAAACACUUAAUGCCAAAUUAUCAGUACCUCAAAAUCAACGGGUUAGUCCAAAACUCGUGAAAAGACGUAGCAUGUCUUUACCUCAUUCAGAUCAAGAAUGGGACUCAGAUUCUGGUAUAACAACUCAAUCAUCAUCUUCAGGUGAAUCUGGUUCAUUAGGAUCAUCAACACAAUCGGAAUCAUUCACUCAGUCUUUGGUUAAUCAACUAACAUGGUGGUCAAAGUUUUGAAUGGAGAAAGUGAGUCUCUCUCUCUCUCUCUCCACUUUUUCAUCAAUCUUCAAGUCGAAACAUUUGUUUUGACAAAACAAAAAACAAGGCAAACUUUCAAUACUUUGGGCGUGGUAAUGUGUAUAUUUUUUCAAUGGAUCUCUAUUCAUCAAGAAUAAUGUUUAAUUUCUAGUCGAAAUAACCAAAGCAUCAAAAAAAAAACAAAUCAUGAACAUAAAGAGGAAGAUGAAGAUGAUAAAAUAAUCAAAACAAGGAACCAGAAAACAGGCAAAAUUCACCUUCUCAAAUGUUGGUUUAUUUCUGUUUAUCGCAAUUACUGGAAAAAAAUGAAAACAUUGCGAAUGGUCAACUAUACAAAUCAAAAAGAUGGUCAAACAAUUACAAAUCUUAAUGAAAAAAAAGUUACAAGUAAUAAUUGAAUAGCAUUUAUAAUAGUGCUAGUGAUAAUCAUGCUAUGCUUCAUCAUCAUCAAUACUAAAUUUUGUUUUUCAUCAUCACAUUGCAAAAGUAUAUUUACUUAAUCUCAGGUGAUGUUUAUUCUUAAAAAGAAAUCAAAGUGUGUUAAAUCAUCAUCAUCAUCUUUAUAAUCACCAGCCCACAAGCAGCAACAAUAGCAGCUAAUCAAAGCCAUUCUAGGAUCUUUUAAAUCAUCAUCAUCAUCAUUAUCAUCAAACAACUUUGAUCACCGAAAAACCUCCUUUAGCAUUCAACCUUUAAUAUCAAUCCUAAUUAUGAUUAAACUGCUAAUUAUAUCGCCUUUCUUCAUACUCUCUCACCAUUCAUCUUCCUUACCUGUGAAAAGUCUUGACCUCCUGCGACUCAUAUUCACCUUCUCAAAGGGCAACAACCACUAGAAACCAAAAUUACAGUAAACUGAUCAAAACUGAUUCGAUGAGAGUAAACUGGUAUCUGGAAUAUUUUUUAAUUGUCAUAACAAUUCAAUUUUUUUUCGAUGUUUUCACCCUGCAUCUUUCAUCUUUACACUUUCAUCCUCAUUUACCUUUUAUUUUAACCUCCAUUUUUUUCUCUCAAUUUAAUUUCUUUUCCUUUUACCACCAUCUCACCUAAUUGUGAUAGGAAUUGAAGUUAAUCAAUCAAAAAAAAAGUGUUCUUUUCAUUUUCUGCUUUUACCUUUCAUCGAGCUGAGCUAACUAAUUAUACCAAAUACAAUCUUCAUCAACAUCAACAUUGAGUUGUAACUUGUUUUCUUGCUCCCAAACACCAGCAACAAUUUAACAACUAAUCAACAAUAUUAAUAAUUUUUAUUGUCUAUGUAUAGAUGCUAAUUAUUAUAUCACAAUUAAGUCAACACACUCUCACAAUAAACUAUAUAACAAAAGUAAAACUUGUAAUUAAAUAUCAAUCUAAAUAAUUGUCACAA